CCCGAAGGGGUUGCGAUGUUGCGUCCCACGACGAGAGCGAUGCAUGCACCUCUUCCUCCCCUUCCUCUACAAAGGCCCCCUCCCACCCCCUCUCUUUCUCCUCGUUGCCUGUCGUCUCUCUAUCUCUCUGCGUGUGUACAAGAAUGCCACUGAAAAUGACGCCCACGUAAUUUUACGACAAGGAGUCCUUUAGCUUCCUCUUCCUCUUUAUGGCUUCUCAUAUCCGCUGCCCCCUCACGGUCUAACUGCGAGACGAUAAGCUUCGUUUGAUGGGUCUAAUGGCCGACCAAAUGAAAUGGACCUCCUCCGAGUCUGAAACCAGCGGGAACACUGCGCCAACCACCUCGUCCUCGUCUUCGUCGUCGUCGUCGAGGAGCUCGUCCAUGGCCCUCAAAGGCGGCGUCACGGAGCAGCAAAAGCGGGGAAGGGACAGUAGGCGGCACCCGGUGUACCACGGGGUGCGGAUGCGAGCGUGGGGGAAGUGGGUGUCUGAGAUCCGGCAGCCACGCAAGAAGUCCCGCAUCUGGCUCGGCACCUUCGCCACCCCCGAGAUGGCCGCCCGGGCCCACGACGCUGCCGCCCUCUGCGUCAAGGGCCACGGCGCCGCAGCCACCAUCCUCAACUUCCCGGAGCUCGCUGGCUCGCUACCCCGCCCAGCCUCCCUCUCCCCGCGCGACGUGCGGGAGGCCGCCACCCGGGCUGCGGCCAUGGAGCCGCCGGGCGCAUGCGGCCCCGCGUCGUGGUCGUCGUCUUCGGAGGGGCCUUCUCCGACGCCGACGGAUGAGCUGGGUGAGAUAGUGGAGCUCCCCACGCUAGGUGAGGGGCUCUUCGACUCUGCUACGCUUGGGGAUGAGUUCAUCUUCCAUGACUCAGUGAACUCGUGGGCGUACCCACCGCCAUUGAUAGAGGUCGAAGAGGACAAGGAUUUCUUCCCUGAGCCAUUAUGGUCACAGGAAGGUGACAAUUCCACUGGCUGGGAAGCCCUCUCCUGCGGUUUCUGAUAUAGUUCAUAUAUAAUCUUAGAUAUGCACAUUUCUUCUCCUACUCCUUCCAAGAGCUGUGCAAUCCAGUGGAAUGACUCAAAACGACGGCAAGAGCGUCCGCCAUAGGGAGCAGAUAGCAGUCAACAGUGUGUUGUGGCCAUACUACAUAUGGCAUUCUCUUCCAAUAUAGAAGACACAAUAACUGCAGGCGCAUUGCAAUAGUCGAACGUGAAAUGUAAAAGGAAGCAUUCUCCUCUUCUUCGUCCGCCUCUCGCAUUCAAUCAAAAGAAGUACUUGCUUUGUUGGUUUGUUCUGAACCAUCUUCUCCUCCUCUCCCUUUUUUCCUGCCCAGUGAAACUGUAGGACUUUACUGCACUCUCCAAGUGCUGUCUGCCUGUGUGCAGAUGCCAAUUUGCACUCUUCUACCUUUUUUACCUUGUUUGAGUGUACUUGAUUUUAUUUGCUCGAUGCGAGUUCCGAGGUCAAAAUGGAUGCUCGACGUACGAGAACUGGCAUUUUACCUCA